AAAAAUCACGAAAUUUCCCCAUCCGCUGCCCCGUCCGCGGCGCCGGUCUCCGAUCGAUCGAAGCUUCGGCUUCCAACACAGGCCGGUGCGAAAACGCCCAUCAAACCCCUCCCAAAACCCAGCGUACCGUUGCCGCGCGCCGAUUCGAACCCGCCGGCUGGGGGAGGAGCCGCCGACGCCGUCUCGGCCCGCGGGGGCGAAGCCCUAGAGAUGUCGGCGUCCGUCGACGCCGCGUCGGCAGUAGCGGUGCCGGCGGUGCCCCCCGCGGUGGAGGAGGCCGGCGGCGCGGUGGAGCAGGCCAGGACGCUCAUCGCAGCGCUCAACCUGCUCUCUCGCAACCUACCGCUGCCCCCUGAUGUCAUGCGCGCCGUCUCGUCCAUCUACCACGACGGGGGUGCCGGCGACAGGGCGGGGGAGGAGGAGAAGGGAGGGGACGAGGAGAUGCCGGCCGCGGAUGGGGCGGCCGAGGGGAACUGCUCGGUGUACGCCGCUGGCGGCGCGACCGAGGGGACCACCUUGAUUGAAGAGCUUGAAGAUGCAAUAUUGAAGAAUCAAAGAACGCCCAUAACCUACUCAGAAUUGGCAGCAAUACGAGAAGGGCGGUUCAAUGCAUCCAUUCAGCAUCGACUAGCUGAACUUGAAGGAUUACCUUCUACUAGGGGUGAAGACUUGCAAAUGAAAUGUUUGCUUGAAUUGUAUGGGCUAAAGUUGUUAGACUUACAGAAGAAAGUUCGGUCAGAUAUCAGUGCUGAGUAUUGGCUACAAAAGAAAUGUGCAUAUCCUGAGAGGCAACUCUUCGAUUGGGGGAUGAUGCGGAUACGGCAUCCUUUUUCCAUGUAUGGAAUAGGAGAUAGCUUUUCAGUGGAUGUUGAUGAUGUUCACCGCAGAAAGAGAUUCACAGAGAGGAUGUCAAGACUUGAGGAGGAAGGAAAAAAUCAGGCAGAUAUCAGGAAGAGGAAGUUCUUUGCAGAAAUUCUCAAUGCUUCUAGAGAACACCAGGUGCAAUUAGGGACUACUUUCAAACAAAGAAAGCAGCGGAAUGAUGGCGUUAUGGCAUGGCAUGUUCGGGCACGCCAACGUAUUACACGGCAAGAAAAAAGCAGAAUUAAUCUUCUGAAAACUGGUGAUCAAGAAGCAUAUAUGAGGAUGGUUGAAGAGAGCAAGAAUGAACGCUUGAAAAUGCUCCUUGAUAAAACAAAUGAGCUUCUUGAAGGAAUUGGAAAAGCUGUACAGCGACAAAAAGAUGCUGAACAUGUUAGUAAGCCAGAAGGAGGGAGUGAAGUGCCAAAAGGGUCAGAAUCUGAGGAUUGUUCUCAAAUUUCGGGCAUCAAGAGUGAAUCAGCUGAGGAGUCUCCUUCAGAUGACGAUGGAGACCUCCCUGGCCCUGCAGAUGAAAGUAAAUUCAAUGCAGGACGUAGACUUGAUUUUACUGUUCAUUCUAUUGAAGAAAAGGUAACAGAACAACCAUCUGCUCUCGAAGGUGGUGAAUUGAGACCAUAUCAGCUAGAAGGUCUCCAAUGGAUGCUUUCUCUAUUUAACAACAAUUUGAAUGGCAUUCUGGCUGAUGAAAUGGGUUUGGGGAAGACAAUUCAAACCAUAGCUUUGAUCGCUUAUCUGUUGGAAAAGAAGGAGGUUGCAGGACCACACUUAAUAAUUGCUCCAAAAGCAGUAUUACCAAAUUGGUCUAAUGAAUUCAAAACUUGGGCUCCCAGCAUUGGGACAAUUCUUUAUGAUGGCCGUCCAGAGGAAAGGAGGCUGUUAAGGGAUAAGAAUUUUGACGGAGAGCAAUUUAAUGUUUUGCUCACACAUUAUGACCUGAUACUGAAAGAUAAGAAGUUCCUAAAGAAGGUUCACUGGCAUUAUUUGAUUGUUGAUGAAGGACAUCGUCUGAAAAAUCAUGAAUGCGCUCUUGCUCGAACACUGGUUUCUGGAUACAUGAUCCGCCGGAGACUACUUUUAACAGGCACUCCUAUCCAAAACAGCCUGCAAGAGCUCUGGUCUUUGCUUAACUUCAUCCUGCCCAAUAUUUUUAAUUCAUCCCAGAAUUUUGAGGAAUGGUUUAAUGCACCAUUUGCAUGUGAUGUCAGUCUUAAUGAUGAGGAACAACUACUAAUCAUACAUCGUUUGCAUCAAGUUUUGCGUCCAUUCUUGCUGAGGAGGAAGAAAGAUGAAGUAGAGAAAUAUCUCCCUGUGAAAACACAAGUAAUUCUCAAGUGUGACAUGUCUGCUUGGCAAAAAGCAUACUACGAACAAGUCACAAGCAGGGAAAAGGUUGCGCUAGGAUAUGGGAUCAGAAAGAAGGCUCUGCAAAAUCUGUCAAUGCAACUUAGGAAGUGUUGCAAUCAUCCCUACCUAUUCGUAGAGCAUUAUAACAUGUACCAGCGGGAGGAAAUAGUUAGAGCAUCCGGAAAGUUUGAAUUGCUUGAUCGUCUACUUCCGAAAUUGCAGAGAGCUGGUCACAGGGUUUUACUUUUCUCUCAGAUGACAAAAUUGCUUGACGUUUUAGAAAUAUAUUUGCAGAUGUACAAUUUCAAGUACAUGAGGCUUGAUGGAUCCACAAAGACUGAAGAACGUGGGAGGUUACUGGCAGAUUUUAAUAAGAAGAAUUCAGAAUAUUUCAUGUUUCUUCUCAGCACACGAGCCGGAGGUCUUGGAUUGAACUUGCAGACUGCAGACACCGUCAUUAUCUUUGAUAGUGACUGGAACCCUCAGAUGGACCAACAAGCUGAGGACCGUGCCCAUCGUAUAGGGCAAAAGAACGAAGUACGUGUGUUUGUUCUUGUUAGCGUUGGUUCAAUUGAAGAAGAGAUAUUGGAUCGUGCGAAACAGAAGAUGGGUAUUGAUGCAAAAGUAAUCCAGGCUGGGUUGUUUAACACGACCUCCACAGCACAGGACAGGCGAGCAUUGCUGCAGGAGAUACUCAGGAGAGGAACAAGCUCACUGGGAACGGAUAUCCCCAGUGAACGUGAGAUAAACCGCUUGGCUGCUCGAAACGAUGAAGAAUUCCGGUUGUUUGAGAAGAUGGAUGAAGAAAGGAGGCUAAAGGAGAACUACAAAUCUAGACUUAUGGAUGGAAAUGAGGUCCCAGAUUGGGUGUUUGCCAAUGAUAAUGAAACCUUACGCAAGAAAACCGUGGCAGAUGAAUUCCGGAAUAUAAUUGUUGGUUCAAAGAGACGUAGAAAGGAGGUUGUCUAUUCGGACUCUUUUGGUGAUCAGUGGAUGAAAUCCGACGAGGGAUUUGAAGAGAUUGCAAAGAUGACUCCAAGGGUGAAGCGAACUGCUUAUUCGCCUGACAUUCAAGUUGAGUACAAUGAAAGGAGGAAAAGGCCCAAGUCUGUGGAAAACAGCGCAGAUGGCGCAAGCAACCCAACACGGACACCCGACAAAGGAAGGGCUGGAGUUUCAUCAUACAGCAAGGAUGAGACCGAAGAUGAUGGUGAAGACGAAGUCAUCACCAGUGGCUUACAGAAGGGUAACAGUUUCACAUGGAAGACCCUUGGAAGAAAAAGGUCAAGCCACUUAAGUUCGUCGUCGGACUCAAAAGGGCGACCAUCAUUCUAAUGUCAGUUGCCUUGAUGCUUUUGCUCGAUGAAGCCCUUCUAAUAAUGGAGUACCCCUGGAGGCUAGCAGCGCUACCAUUUCGAAAGUACCUUGAACCUAUAAACUUCAGGAUGGAGGCUGUAGCUAGCAGGACUACCAUUUUGAAAGUACAUUGAAGCUAUAAACUUCAGAAUUAGUAGUAUACUCUGGACUUGUUGCCAUGAAUUCGUAACUCAAACGAACUUAAAUUGCGUUACAGUUCAAGCCUAUUUUGGGGGUAAAGGUUAUUGGUAAAUAGCUGGUGAUGGCUUGCCCUGAAUUUGGGCUGUCUUGUCUGCACAUUCCGUUGAGCAGUCUUCGGCUAAUGCCUGUCCAGAUUUUACUGGUUUAUAUGGCAAGCAAAACUGUACUAGGUGCUAUCUGAUGUGCUUCCACCGAGGCAAGUCCUCAAACAAGUGUCAUCUUUUAUUGUGUAUAGCUAGUAGAGUUGGCUCUGUGAAUCUAUAUGCACUUACAUAGCCUGAUAGACACACGAUAACUACGUAAAAAUAGCUUUGUGCAAA